ACUCUAUCUAUGAAUAGUGUCAUAGUCACACGAGUCACACUGGGAAGUGUCUUAAGUAGAAGACUUAGACAGUAAGUAACCUUUUUUGGAAACUUACGUAUAUAAAUUGAAACUAGAGACAAAAAUAACUCGAGAAGGUUUAAUAAAUGAGUGUUUAAAAAGUAUUGUUUAGAAAUAUAUAUUUUAUUUAAUAGCCAAAAUAUGCAGAACCCUAAUGAAGACACUGAGUGGAAUGAUAUUCUACGAUCGAAAGGUAUCAUUCCACAAAAAGAAAAAGAAGUCACUGAAGACCAAAUUGUGUCUAUGUUAGAGGAAACAAUUGAAAAAAAAACCUCAGAUGGGAAAAAAUUGUCCGAAUUAGAUUUGGAUGAGCUAGAUGAAUUAGAGGAUUCAGAAGAUGAAGCAGUGCUAUUGGAAUAUAGAAAUAAAAGAAUAGCAGAACUAAAAGCAUUAGCAGAGAGACAAAAAUUUGGUUUUGUUGGUGAAAUUUCUGCUCAAGAUUAUAUAAAUGAAGUUAAUAAAGCCGGUGAAGGAAUAUGGGUAGUUCUGCAUUUAUAUAAGCAAGGUAUACCAUUAUGUGCAUUGAUUAAUGAGUAUAUGAAAUGUUUAGCAGCCAAAUAUCCUACGGUUAAAUUUUUAAAAUCGAUUUCAACGACUUGUAUACCUAAUUAUCCUGAUAAAAAUCUACCAACAGUGUUUGUAUACUUCGAAGGAGAUAUGAAGAAGCAGUUGGCAGGGCCGCUGGAAUUUAGAGGACCCAAUCUCACACAAGAUGAAUUUGAAUAUAUUAUUGGUAAAACGGGAGCUAUUGAAACUAAUAUAAAAGAAGAUCCGAGGCCGAAGGUGAAAGAUAAAUUGUUUUCUGAUCUCGCGGAAACGAAUGAUUGGUAAUUGAUUAGGAAUAAAUUUUUUGAAAAUCUUAAUUUUUCCGUGUAGUAACAGGUUUUCCCAAAAUUAUUCGAGAUUUUUUAUCGAUUUUUCAGUCAAUACUGUAUUUAUAUGAUUUUAUCUAAAAUCAUCAAUAUUACAAAUCUUUAAAUAAUUUAUUCAAAUAUAUCUUAUUUGAGUGUACACCAAGAAAAAUAUUUUCUUAGCGGUAUUUUGAUCAUAAAAAGGUUGAUAAAUUGUCAUUUUAAAUGUUUGGUGGGGGUAAUUCAAAUCAAUAAUAAAAGAUAUGACUCCAAUAUACUGUUUUUUAUAUAUAUUUAAUAUGUAUUUGAAAUACUUACAUACAUACUUUUAUUAUAAAAUAAAGUUCUGUUGUCAA